AUGCAGGCACAAUUUAGGUUACGGGUUACAGUAGACAAUGAGAUGCAUCUUCAAAUUUUCAAACGUAAAACUCUGACGACGGGCGCUGAGAAGGUGCUUCAAAAUAGAGGAGCUCCUUUCAACAUCCACCGACGUGAUCGGAUGGACAAACUUAACUUCCUCUCUUCACUGUGGGCACUCGUCUACUCCGGAACCUUCUUCAUCCUGUGUCCUUGCGGAGCCGGCCAUGAUCGCCCCGGAGAGCAUCCUCUGGAGAUGUGGCCUUCUGACGUCGUGGUCUGCCUGUUCCUCGGCGUCGCUCUCGCCGAUCGUUCGCUUAUCCGACGCCGAGUGGAUCAGCUUCGAGUAUACAAUUCCUACAAACAUUUGUGCCGUGGAGAUACUAAACGUGAACCGAACCUAAUUGCUCUGGCCGGAGAUGUGUGCUACUGUGAUCAUCUCUGUGUGAAAUUCGGCGAUUGCUGCGUCGACUACCCUGGAAGUGAGGCCAUCAGAAAUGAGAACUUCACCUGCGAGCGCUUAGGGCAUGGUUUCAAGUUUUAUUACUCGUGGUCGAGCUGUGCUAAUGACACUCUGAAGAGGGGUUGCACAUCGAGUGAGCAGAGGCCGUCGUCCUUGAUGCAUGAGCCCGUAUACCUCAACGGGACGCUCUACAAGAACAUCUACUGCGCUCGAUGCUCUCAGUCAGAGCACUACAUAAAAACUCACAAGUAUAAGUGGAGGGAAAAGUCAGCCUGGAAGCCCGCUGUCCCGCCUCACGGCGAAGAGUUGAAAAAGAUCUUCAAGGGUCGAAGCUGGAUUUACAAUGAGUCUUCGAGGGAAUACCAUAUCUUCUUUCAAGAGCAAGAGUUCAGAAUGUGGCUCUAUAUCGAGGAAUUCGACUGGACGAAUUUCACCGAUGUCUUCAACACGAGCUUGUGCCCACCCUUUCAAACCGUGAAUUUCUGCACGGAUCCCACGACACCGUACGCUGAUCUCUGCGCGGCAUACACCGCGUAUGUACAUACAGUCUCAAACGGUAAUAUCACCGUCUACAGAAACGCUCACUGCGCGCUAUGCAGCGGCGUUCCUCUGGGAAACCUCACCGUGGGAUUGCCAAUCCCACCUCGCGAAGAAACGACAACCACUAUCGGUAACUUCAUACCUGUGAAGGAAAUCGAGUGCCCAUUGGGCGCCGUGCACGUUAUGGGUUUCUGCAAACCAAUUCUGUGUCAGUUAGGGUUCGAGUGGAACGGCGUCCAAUGCGUAACGGAAACCGGUCAGGCCGGAUGCUUCUACUUGACGCUUGACGUGAAAUGGGUCCGCUUUGUAGAUAGCAAUAUAUUGUUGUGGAACCAUAAAUGGUUUAGUCCCUACACCAAUAUCACAGAUAGAUUUGGCGUUGUCACCAAUGUGAAGGUGUGCACCUUCACGCCGAUUACCACAGCUAUAACCCCGACUAUGGAGCGAAUAUCUGAAGUGUGUCUGAUUAGUUCCUGUAUCUGCUUGAGCCUACAAAUUAUUACCUAUAUCAUCCUUCCCUCCAUGCGCACGACACGUUCCGGAAAAAUCGUGAUUUUAUUGAGUCUGAGUAUCGUCUUGGGUCACGUCAUGUUCCUGGUCAAAGACGACACCGAGCCGGGGAACAACGUCUGUAAGGCGGUUGCUGUCCUGGCGCAUUUCUUCUACAUAGAAUCUUUCUUCUGGAUGCUGGUGAUGGCCAUAGAUUCGUGCAGAUGUUUGGCGUUCAAUGUGUUCUCCAGGACGGAGAGCCACGUCAUGCUGCGAUACGCAAUUUUCGCUUUCCUGGGCACGCUGAGCGUCGUCUCUCCCGCCCUCGCUCUCGACUUCCUGGUGCCUUCCAGUGGCUUCGCCCCGAUGUACGGCGAGGAGGUGUGCUGGUUCGGGAAUCGGGGAGGCUUCAUGAUGUUCUUCGCUGUUCCUGUGCUGAUCAUCAUCCUAGCGAAUUUCGCGCUCUUCAUCAUCACCGCCGUAAAAGUUCGUUCGGUGCAGAAGAAAGCUCGUAGCUUAACACAGCAAUCGAAUUUCAAAUCUGAAAUCGUCCGCAUGAAACUCUACCUCAGACUAGCCGUAAUCAUAGGACUAACGUGGUUAUUCGGGGUGCUCACAUUUUUGGUUGACAGUGGGAGCUCCGAAAUCUACACGUAUGCUUUCUUUCUGCUAGGUUUCGUGCAGGGGGUUUUCAUAUUCGUGGCUUUCACUUGUAAAGCCCGAAUCCUCAGGGACAUCCGCGUAGUGAUUGAGACUAAAUCCAUAAGUCGUAGUUCGCUGUACCGAACAAGCACGAACUUGGCGAGCGUUCCGUCGGCCAGAACGGAUCGUUCGGUGCCUCUAUUGAAACCCGGGAAUAACUCAUCUGCGUGA